AUGAAGAGGUUCCUUUCAAGAACAAACAAGUCUGACAGUUCAGAUUCGAAUCAAGACACGGACGCUGCAGCAGGGCAAGACGAUACCAAGUCGAGAACGUCAUCAUCGUUGAGACCCAGCAAGAGUAAUAUUUCACAUGAAUCGUAUGACUCAGUGACAGAACUCAGACCCAUGUUUGGUGAAGCAAAACAACUGUCCCUGCUGCUGCUGCUGCUGCUGCUGCUGCAACAUAGACCAUCCGAAGCUGGGUUUUUUGACACGGGGUUGAACCUUAAUCCACUGAUAUUGGGUCCUAGCGACACUGCAACUGUGGGAGCAUCUAGUAGUAGGCACUCAACAGUGCAAAGAGAGGGUAACUCACUAUUUUCAAGUAAACAGUCCUUUUCGACAAAGCAGUCGUCUCAUCAAAGUGCAAACUCCACCAAACGUUCAUUUCAGUACAACUAUAGUCAACCUUUGCAAAUUCUCGACUUGGAAAAGACUGAAACUGGAGAUGAGAGAAACUAUCAUGAUCGUGUCUGUGAUGAGCUUAAGAAAUUGAGUCAAGAUCUAGCAUACAUUGUGAUGCAAUACAACAAUGCCACUGUAAAUUUGUCAACAACAGUGGUCAACUGCAUCGAUUGUUUUAAAGAAUUCAACAACAAUAUAAAGGAGAAACAGGAAUCAGACAUUAGCACUUACAACAACUUGAACUUGAGAAUGAUUGUCAAAUAUUAUCUUCAUUUUUAUGACAACUUGUUGAAGGAUGAUGUUUAUAUCAAGUUGAAGUUACUACUAGUUAAACAUUUCAAUGAUUUCGCAUUACACUUUAGCGAUAAUUUGAAUGACCUUAAUGUGAUGGUAAAACCUCGCAAUUUCUCAGUAGGAGCAGACAGUGUAAGGGAUUUCCCUAACGAAAAAGUAAUUGUUCGAAUCAUGGACAGAAUUGCCCAAACUAGUAUUUCAAUGCAGGAACAAAAUGGGUCAUUCAUAGCCCCAAUAAUGAGAGGGGUUUCCACGCGAUUGAGCAUAUUGUGUUUAUAUUUCGGAUAUCCCGACCCUCAAGAUAUGCAUUACAAAUUGACUCAAAGUAUUCACGAUUUGUAUGAAGAUAUUCAUGUUAUGGUGAUGAGAAAUCACAUUGAACUUGCUUCUACGUCGGUACUGAACCCGCCACAAUUGCCAACCCAACACAAACCAAUAGUGUCAAAUGCUUUACAUAAGUUUAAAUUACCAUUCAGAAUACCCACGGAUCCAUUGGAACCUCCAAUAUCCAUGUCCAUUUCCACUGAAAAUUCAAACCGAGUUUCAGGUACGUUGGGUGGGUAUAUUUAUCCCAAGAUUGAUCUCAAAAAGCAACCACAACUCAAGAGUUAUGCGUCUAGCAAAUUUGCUAUUUCGUGUGGUCACGUAUGUUUGGAUCCACAAGACGCCUCGCAUUAUUGCAACAUUGCAUCACCAUCGGCAUCUUUGAUCUCAUUGUAUAAGCUGGCUCUUACUGCACAAUAUCAAAGGCAAGGUGGUCAAUUCAAUGAGAGCCAUAUUGCAUAUGGAACAAUUUUGAAUGAGUUAGAGGAGAUGUUUCCUUUGAAAAAAAUCAAGGUUCAAGAAAAGAAUUCACCAGAACAUUACGAAAUGCGAAACUUGCCACAAGUCAGAUUUGGACAGAUUAUAUGGGGUGAACGUACAUUGAUAAACUUGUCCGAAUCCCCCAAUGAAAUUAGUGGCUUGGUUGAACGUAAGCUAUCUGAUUUGGCAAUCAUCAAGGUCAAUAAGCACUUGAAGUGCUCGUAUAACUACUUGGGAGAUGAUGUACAAUUCAACGAGUUUGAUCCAGCACUUAUAAUGGAUAACUUGUACGUUCGUAAAGUGCUCAAUUUGAAACGGUUCGUGCCUAAAACAAUCCACGAAAAUGUAAACGAGGUUGACCUGAGUGUGUCAACAUCUUCAUUGUCCCAAGAUGAAGAUCAAUGCUAUAAUGGCAUUCCCGUGUUCAAAUAUGGAUCAACAACAAAAUACACCUGUGGUAACUUGAAUGGAAUCAAAUUAGUUUACUGGCUCGAUGGAGCCAUGCAUUCACUGGAGUUUAUCGUCAAUUCGAUCGAACACAAUUCUGCAUUUGCUGGUGGUGGUGAUAGUGGAAGCUGGGUGCUUUCAAAAUUACAAGAUUUGGAUGCAACAGCCAAUGGAUUGGGUGUCUUGGGUAUGUUGCACUCGUAUGAUGGUGAAUAUAAACAAUUUGGGUUGUUUACACCAAUGUGUGAAAUUUUGAACCGAUUGGAAGAAGUGACAAAUAUAAAGUGGGGUGUUGUUGGUUGUGAGCUGCAAGAGAAGGAUGAAAAGAUUGGUGGUGGAGGAAGCGAUGGCUCGCAGAUGGUACAAGAUGUUGAGUAG